AUGGCAUCUCAAGAUCCUCCACCGUCCAACGUGCCGCCCUCAAUGGGCCCAGGUGCCCGACCAGUACAACGUGGCGACUCUGCUGGUGGACCGGCAGCUAUGGCUCAGAUUAUGAAGAUAAGGUCAAAAUAUAGUGUUACGGUGGAAUCGGAGGUCCUUCAACUGGGCUAUGAGCUCAACGGUACAUCAUUAAUGUACCGGCUUCCCUUCGAGUCUAUGCCGUUAAGGGGCUUCUCAAGAUGGCUGCUGUAUGGCGGCCCAAAGAGGGCAAGGACGACGGGUUCUCAAGUGCUCGACGUGAUCCGUAAAGUGGAAGAGGUCAGCCACGAACCAGUCACGCAAAGAGAGGCUGAAGGGAUAACGUAUCACAUGGCAAAGGCCUCGCUCUACAGGCUGAGGGGAGACUUCGUGGCGUGCUCCUUGGGUGGGUUCAUUGCCUACAGAAACCGAGAGAAAAUGAAGUUCCCUUUUAUGUCACCGAAGCCCUUGGAAAGAUAUAACAAUUUUCCUACCCGCCACCUUCCCCUUGUACAAGGGAGAUAUGCACAGAUUCUGUGGCAUAUUACACGGGCCAAUAUGUGGGCUGGCUUGUUUAUCGUGGGUUUGACGCCUAUAUUUUCAUCCAUGGGCAACUUUGCAGCAUGGAGCGGAAUCUACUUGGACGAACGUACUCAGCGCGUUAUACAAACGUUUCGUCCUGAUAAAAAUUCCUCCGACCGAGCUAAGGCAGAUGGUGGCUCACAACCUGCAGGCAUCAUUCAGCGGCAGCCUAGGCGGCAGGCACGGAGCGAAAGCCAAUACAGCGGCUCAGAACAGCAAGAUCACUACCAAACCAGAGAGACCGGUGCACCAUAUGAUUACUCUGCUACUCAUCAAUACGAGGGUGAAGGUGAAGGCUUGACAGACACUGGGUUGGUGAGUGAUUCCAGUUGGCGAAGUCAAGAGUCCGCCAUAUCUGGUAACUCGUCCUACACCAAGCGUUCGGCGCCAACGCAGCAGACUCAACCUGAACGUCAGGACCGCUCCUUUGGAUCAGACCCAUUCUUCGACGACGAUGCAUCUCCUAAAGCUGGAAAUUGGGCUUCUAUUUCCCCCACCGCGACAUCUACCCCCCAAACACGCAGCGCCUGGGCCCGUAUUCGCAGUGGCAACAGGCCAAGCAACACGCAGCGAUCAGGGCCACCUGGAUCCGAGUCGGAGCUGCAGUCGGAGUCGACAGAAGAAUCAAGCUCAAAAGAAUGGUGGGGGAGCAGAGGAACGCCGGAGCAAUCACCAGGGCAAACGACUGAGAAAUUGUCUCAAAAGGAAUUUGACGAGAUGCUUGAAAGAGAGCGACGCUUGAGCGGGAGCGACGAAUACAGCAGAGGAAUGCGCGCCGUGGAAUCCGGUCAAGACAACGCCACAGAAUCAGGCUCAGGGUCAAGUGCCUGGGACCGCAGAAGAAAUCAGUAA